AUGAAGUUCUCAUACAGUUAUAUUAUAGUCUUGUUAGCUAUCAUUGCAGUAUCACAAGCUGAGUUUUGCAAUUUGAAUUUCAAAGAGUGCCAAGAUUUAAAGCUCAAGACGGGUACAAGUUUAGGUAAAGUAUCUAACUUGUCAUUCAAUGGAACGUGCAGCAGUGAAGGAUUUGCGGUUCUCAAAAAGGGCACAGUGGUCGAAAUUGAUUUCCAGUUUCAGUCCUAUAACCCACAGGCUACCCUGAAAUCUGUUGUUCAUGGUCAGAUUUCUGGUUCUCCUUGGUUACCCUUCCCCCUUGGCAACCCAGAUGCAUGCAAAGACUCUGGAUUGACGUGCCCUAUUCCAGCUAACACCACUCUAAACUACAAGCCUAACCUUAAAGUGCUGUCUUCAUAUCCAGCAUUGAAGGUUCUUGUCAAGUGGCAGCUUCAGGAUGCCAGGAAGGCCGACAUUUUCUGUGUCGUAUUGCCAGCAGAAAUCGCUGAAUAA